ACUUUGGCAAGGGAGAGCGAAGCACCUGGCUGCUCGUCCACCUCCCUUUCUGCUUUACUUUUUGCACCCGUCCAGCUCCUCGUCCAUGGCCGGGCAGUCCAAAACAUUUCCCACUGUUGAGUUUGUACUUAGUGAAUGUCAACAAGUGACACAGAUCCAAAGUUUUCCGCGGUAUAUAAGUGCUGGUCGUAGUAGUGUGCUCGUUGGGAUUGCCGCUCAAGACGGUGGGCUUUCGUUUCGUAAAUCAUACGACUCUGUCUAACGCGUUUGGCAGCUCCCGUGGAAUACAUCAGGAGUGUUCAGUCUCUGCGGUAACCAAUUAGUGUACUUUGAAGGCUUCUGACGUGAGUACAUGUCCGUUUCCCCCCUGGAGGAUGAGUGGGCUGCCUCCCCUCGCGAGCCACACACCCACGCCCGCGCCUCGGCUCCUGCCCUCGCCGUCCCCGUCAGAGCGUCGCUGCCUCCAGGACUCCCAACUCACCCUUCCCUCGUCAGAGAUGCGCACAAAGGAACCAUACAGCAGCGCCUUCCAAUCGAUGCGAGCGAGGCCCUGCCGAGGACGGGCGACUCGCGUGCCCCCGACGGUCGGCAAUGCUUCCCCGCCUGGACAAAAGGACCAAACAGGAGUGUUCUGCCCACCGGCCUGGGACUCCCUUCACUGCUGGCCAGCCACACGCGCGGGUCAGGCCGUCAGCCGCUCCUGUGCCCAGAUCUUGAAGGACGUCCCGCUCCUUCACGACCAUCCUGACGCUCAGGCGUUUCGGGAGUGUGGGAGCAGCGGGGAGUGGCUCUGGAGUGGCUGGACCAAUUACUCCCAGUGCCUGACCGUCAUCGAAAAGGCCGGGACAUCGGGCGUGGCGGAGGCGGUCGGCUACAUCACCUUCGUCGGGGCUCUCCUCUCCCUACUCACGCUUCUCAUCACGGUCGUCAUCUUUUCAUGCUUCUGGUCGCUGGAGUGUGAUCGUCUUCGGGUGCACAGGAACUUAGUGGCAGCGCUCAUUCUCCGCUUCCUGGUGAUGCUGGUGCUGACGGAGCCGUUCGUGUCCCACCGUCAGACACGCACCUACAGGGACGUGGAUUGGCUGUGCAAGAGUCUGCUGGGCCUUCGGAUGUAUGCUCAGAUGGCCUCCGUCAGCUGGAUGUUCGUGGAGGGCCUCUUCCUGCACUCCCGCCUCACAUCCAACGUGUUCGACUCCCGGGCGCCCUUCGGCCUCUACUACACCAUCGGCUGGGGGUGCCCGCUAGUGUUCCUGGCGGCGUGGUCCUCCGUGAUGGCCGUGCAACACCCGACGCGCUGCUGGCGAGGCUACGGCGAUCUGCCCCUCGUCUGGAUACUGGUGGCCCCGAUGGUCGCGGCGCUGGGGGUCAAUUUGCUCUUCCUGGUGAACAUCGUCCGGAUUCUCGUGACCAAGCUGAGGGCCAGUGAUGCUCAGGUCAGGACGGCGGUGAAGGCGACGCUGGUGCUGUUCCCGCUGCUGGGCACCACAAACCUGCUCUUCGCCGUCAACCCGGCCGACAGUGGGGGUCUGGAGGGCGCCUACAUGCUGGCUAACGCCCUGCUGCAGUCCUCGCAGGGCGUGUUCGUGUCCGUGCUGUACUGCUUCCUGAACGGCGAGGUGCAGGAGGCGGUGCGGCAGCGGUGGCGGCAGUACCGCACGCGAUGGCUGGGCGUCCCGCCCUCCCGCCGCCGAGAGACGCGGAGCAGCGGUGACUUUGAGGCCUCCUGCUCCUUCACCUCCAACGCCAAGACCCUGAGCACAGUGCAGGCGUAUAUCCACUCCCCAGAUCUCCCCUGCCCCAGACAGCCUGCAGCCAGCUCUGCGUCGCUGCACUCUGUCCUCACGCCUCCCACUUCACGCUGCGGCACCGCCCCUCACACGCCUUACCUCCGUCAGCUGUGCCUGAGGGUGCUGCGCGCCGAGGCGAUACCGCUGGAGUGUGUGAGGCCCCCCCCUGCCCCUCAUCCCCCCCGCAGUGCACCCCGCGGGCACAGCCAACACAUGACGAGUAUCGCGUAGCCUACAAUCCGCGCCUAACUGGAGGACAAAGCAUCACUAUCAGAGGAUGAUCAACAGGUUAAUCGGUGCUCCAAUAAUACCUGCCAAUCACAACAGUGAUACGAUAUAUUAGCUAUAUUUAAUAUCUUGUGAUUUAUCAUGUAUUUAUUUAUUUAUUAUUUUGAAGCUCUCAAAUACUGUUCUAAAUUUACCAGUUUGUGGUGGGGCGGCCGCUGCCUCUGAAACGUCACUGAUACAAAUCAAAUACAUGUAGUACUCACAAAAAUGACACUUUCGUACGAUCCCCGCGAAGACUAAAGCUGGAAGGCCAGGACAAAGUGGAAUGUCAAAUGAAUAAACUGUGAAAUAUAGGACUUGCACUGAGCGAAGCAGGAUUGAUUCAUUUUAUUAAGGAACUGCGUCGCAUUUGAGGUGCGCAGAACUUGAAUCUGGUAUACAAUCAACCCGCGCACCUGUCUGGCGUUACCACCUGGGCCUGUCAUGGAGAAGGGCGGCGGUGUGGAGGUGAAGCGAGAGAAAUACCAACGUGAAGGGGUGAAGGAAAACCGCCGAAGUCUCCACUCGAUGGCGUCCAUCCGUCGUAUCGAUAUGAGAAGACCUGGAAUCCCAGAGGCUUCUCCUUGUGCAGUGCCUCGAGAACCUCUUGCAACUCUACAAGGAUUGCUGCAUCAUUGGCAAAAACAAGAAGCAGAUCAUCAGCGCCUGGAGCUUCCGAGUUCAAACCAGCCAUUGUGGACUGACUUCCUCCUUCAGUGUGGGUGUCCAUCCUACGCCGCUCAGCAGCCAGCUCCCGGGACCGUCCCACCGAGCCCAGGGAGUGAAGCUCUUGGCUCAGCGACACUAACAAUGCACAACGGACGGUUCUUCAGGGGCCAUCCAGGACUCACAAGUGUUACAGUGGCAGACAUCAACAACAUGCAGCAGUAACGACACAAAUGGACUGAACACAUACAACAAAACUGUUGCUUGUGAGGGUGCACAACACAUGACCUCAAUCAGAAAACUGAGGAGAAUCUCGCCAAGCUCUUCGUCACGCCUGGGAGUACCUGGGGUGCUGGAGCCAACCCCACCACAUCCCAGCCCACUGCUACUGUGGGAGUGCACUGUGGAGGCCUGUGAGCUGUGAACUACACUGGUGUUGCUGCUGCUCUGCCCAUCAAGGCUGCAAAAAGACAACAUUUGGUUUAUUACUGUGCAGUAACUAACAACAUUCCCUCUGCUCAGGCUGUGCAUUGUGGUCUAGACUAGACUCCAGAAAAAGGCUUUGGAGUUUGAAAUUAUUUCCCUGACUGCAUUUUAAAAGAAAUCAUGUAAUCCAUCUGACUACUUGUUGAAUACAAAUUUUCCAAGA